AUGGCCGCACCGUUGAAGCAGGGCGAGUUCGUCGGCUCGCUCGACUGUGGUACUACCUCGACGCGAUUCAUAAUCUUCGACAAGUACGCCAACAUCGUCGCCCAGCACCAGAUCGAGUUCCCCCAGUAUUACCCUAAUCCUGGAUGGCACGAACACGAUGCGGAGGAGCUGCAGACGAGCUGUGAGACGUGCAUCGACAAGGCGACCGAAAAGCUCGAGGCGGCUGGCUUCACGCGGGACAGCGUGAAGGCGAUCGGGAUCACCAACCAGCGCGAAACGACGGUCGCGUGGAGCAAGAAGACCGGAAAGCCGUUGUGCAAGGCGAUCGUCUGGGAUGACGGCCGGACGAAGAACGUCGUCGCGCAUUACGAGACCGUCCUCCGGGAGACCGGGCUCGAGGUCGAGCCCGGCGUGUUCAAGAAGGGCGAGGAGGGCAUCGCUGCUCUUCGGGAACUGACUGGUUUGCCGCUGUCCACGUACUUCUCCGCGAUCAAGCUUCGAUGGAUGUUCCACUACCAUGAAUCCGUCCGGAAGGCGUCCGAGGAGGAUGACCUCCUCUUCGGCACCGUCGAAUCGUGGAUCGUCUACAACCUUACCGGUGGCGCUGAGAAAGGCCUGCACAUCAUCGAGAUCACGAACGCCUCGCGCACGCUCCUGCUCAAUCUGAAGACGCUCUCCUUUGACCCGGUCCUGCUCAAGUUCUUCGGGUUUAAGGAGUCGAUGCUCCCCAAGGUUGUCUCUUCCUCCGAGGUCUACGGCCACGUCGACCACGGCGCGCUCAAGGGCGUGCCGAUCGCGGGCCUGAUCGGCGACCAGCAAGGCGCGCUCGUCGGCAACAAGUGCCUCCGCCAGGGUGAGGCCAAGUGCACGUACGGCACCGGCGCCUUCCUGCUCUUCAACACCGGCGCGGACAUCGUCACCUCUGCGCACGGCCUGCUAGGUACCGUCGCGUUCCAAGCGGGCGCGGGCGCCAAGCCCGUGUACGCGCUCGAGGGCUCCAUCUCCGUCGCGGGCAGCGCCGUGACCUGGCUUCGGGACUCGAUGAAGAUGAUCGCGACCGCGCAGGAGGUGAACACGCUCGCGGAGCAGGUCCCGUCCACGGGCGGCGUCUACUUCGUCACCGCCUUCUCCGGGCUGCUCGCGCCGUACUGGGACCCGGGCGCGGCGGGCCUGCUGAUCGGGCUGACGGCGUACACGACGCCGGCGCACCUCGCGCGCGCGACGCUCGAGGCGAACGCGUUCCAGACGCGCGCGGUGAUCGAGAGCAUGCAGCUCGACGCGAAGACGAGGCUGGAGCACCUCAAGGUCGACGGAGGGUUGACCAACUCGGACGUCGGGAUGGAGAUCGUCGCCGACCUCGGCGGGUUCGACGUCGUCCGGCCGGAGAUGCGCGAGAGCACGGCGCUGGGCAGCGCGCUGCUCGCCGGGAGCGCGAUCCGGUUCAACGGGUGGGACGUGACCAAGCCCGAGACGCUCGCGGAGGUGAACACGAAGGGGAACAAGACGUUCGCGCCGAGCAUGAAGGAAGAGGAGCGCGCGAAGCGGUGGGCCGGCUGGCAGAAGGCGGUCGAGCGGUCCAAGGGCUGGGAGGAGGGCCAGGACGCCGACGCGUAA